GCCUGGGAGAAGGAGGGAGGGGAAUGGAUCUUUUCUGUGCGAGUCGCUGGAGCUCCCUCAGCCUGCUCCUUACCACCUGUCCUUGACUUAGAGUGCACAUACGUGGCUGAGAGAAAGCCGGGCUGCUCACUGGUCCUCUGGCACCUUUUUUUCCUGUGUUUAUGUGACUGGCUGCCUUUUUUUUUCUUCUUCUUUAAACCUGUCACUCCGUGUAAGGCUGUGUAAGAGGAAGAGGAGCGUCUGUCCUCAGCUGGUGGUGCUCUGAUGGGAGGCAGUGCUGGUUCUGGCUGGGACUGGGGAUGCUGAACAGGGGGAGGGAGGGCCUGUUUGAGCUGGGACAGCAGCUCCAGCAGCAGGGGGAGUACCAGGCCGCCCUGCACUGCUUCCUCAGCUGCCUGCUGGGACUGACCCAUGUGCAGAGCUUCACCUCUCUGCCCAACUGUCUACACCAGAUCGCGGAGCUCUUCAUCACAGAAAAGAACUAUGGGAAGGCCCUCCAGUUCAUCCAGGCUGAAAAAAUGUUCUAUGAGGUGGCAUUGAUCGAGCUCACGGCUGUCCACGGAAGUACAGGGCCUCAGGAGGAGGCUACACUGGGCUCCGCAGGAUGGACAACCCCAGAGGAGCUUUCGGAGCAGGCCUCCCAAGCUCAGCACCUGGAGCGGCUGGCUCAGCUCUGCAUCAUGAGCAAACACUCUACAAACAAAAGAAGUGGUUUAAUGGUGCCUUUUUCCGUUCAUGUUCCUCUCAGGCCUCACCUUGCUCUGGAAUACAGCGGUAAGGCCACAAAGAUCCACCAGAGGGCCUUUGGUAAUGACCACCCCAUUACUGCCCGGAGCCUCGAGCUCAUGGCCACCGUCUAUGCUGAGAUUGGCAAGACUGAGUAUUCAGACUCGCUGGGUCAGUGUGUGUCGGCACUGUCCAAGCGCUUCGCCGCUGCAGAGUCCAUCAGAGACACCGUCAACUGUCUUCCUCAUUCCCACCGGGAGAAACACUCGGAGGUCCGCCACAGAAAGGACACCCACCACCAACAGGAGGACACGCCAAAACCUAAGGUAACCAACGGCAAAGUCCCCACCUCCAUUCUCAAGAGGCCAAGCCUCAGCUGCGGGACAGACACAGAGGUGAACCACCGACGGAGAAGCGAGCGGAGAGUUCGAUUCCGAGAGCCAGAGACCACGGUACACGCCUAUGAGACGACACCGUCCCGCCCUCACCUCGUCCUCUUCACUUGCCUCUUCCUGCUGAUGUCAUUCCUGGGCGUGGCCAUGUACUGCACAGACCGCCGGCGUCCACAGCGAGCGUGCGAGGAGCUGGAGGCUGCGUUAGCCGUCUACCUGCUCCAUAUGAAACAGCUGCUGUGGGGCUGCUGGAUAUGGCUGACCAUGCAGUGACAGAGACUGACCACAGGGGGAGACAUGGAGCCUUCUUUCCUUGUUUCAACCUCCUCUUUCUUCCCUUACUUUGAAGGUGCCCAGGUCCACAAACACCUCAGCCAUUUGGCAAGGCUCUGAAAACUGUCUAUGAUAAAAAAAAAAAGGAAAAUGUAUGAUCCCAGACAUAUGUAGCUUCCACGUCUUUUUUUGUAUAUAAAUGCAUUAAGGUGGCAAGUUUGCCACUCCCAACUUAAUUUAUAAUGACAUUUUGCACAUGUGUAAUGCUGUUGCUCACGGAAUCACCAUAACAAUGUGAUUUUUUUUUUCUUUUUCAGGUCAUAUCACAGUCUAUUGUUGUGGUUGAAUGUUUCCAUGGAAUGCAAAUAUGUACAUGUGUAUAUCGGAUACUACAGAGGUGAAUGAGGUACAUAUGGAUCAAUAUACCUGGUCUGUCACAGUAUUCAGCCUUGUAUGUGCACAUAAAUGAAUGUAGAGAGGUUACAGAGUACAAUGAUGAUGAUGAUGAUGCGUGAGCAAGAAAACACAGGGCUUUGAAUGUCUGACAUAAAAAUACCUUCUUCUUUUUUUACACUUUACAUCGUAUGUUCAUCCGUCAGUUGCACUGAGGAGAAACUCCACGGCACAACAUUAUAUAAUCAAAGAGAAUAUAUUCAGCCAGAAUGAAUGCUAAUGCCUUUUGUCCAUGUUUCUCCUUAGAUCUGCUCGAUUCCCCUUUAACCUAAAUGCUAUUUAUUCUUCUAUACUGUAUAUCUGCAUCUGAGAAAAUGUCUAACUUUGAAUUAUUAUAAUAUUUUUUUUAAAAAAACAAUUUUUUUUUUACCUGCUACAUUUAUAUUUAAAACCCACGAUAUUCAGGUUUUGAUUGCAAUGUGGAAAAUGUUCAUCUCACGUGUACGCUCGGAUGUGAAUGUUUGCAUUUUCAAACCUUAUAUGAAGCUCUUUACUCUUUUUGAGGCCAAACUGAAGCAGGACAGACUCGCAACACUGAGUGAUAUUGUUUGUAUUGUUUAUAAAUGAAACGCAAUUUAAAGAAAUCGCCCACAGCCACACAAAACCUUUCGUAGGGAUCAAAGGGCACAAUGAUGCACAUCCCACAGACCUCUCGUUAUAAGCAAUAACACACACCGUUUCUGGUCAAAUGUGUAUAUACGUGUACCUGUAUAAGGAACUCAUAGGUAGAGUGUUUGCUUUCAGAGAUCUCACAUUUAAAUGUCAAAGCAAUAUGAGGCUGUUUAUGCCUGUGCACUGUCAUUGGCAAUAAAACAAUACUAAGUGUACUCAUGUCCUGUAUGUGCACGUUUAGCUCCGCCGCUGCGUUUCACUGCUGUCCAAACAUUUACGGUCACUUUGGAAGAAGUGCCUUUUUAUGGAGGGUUUUCUUAGUUCCUGCCGUUUUUAUUUUUCAAUUGCUUUGAAUAAAACUGUCGUUGCCUAUCAGUGUC